ACGGUACCGUCUAUCAGUCAGUAGUGUGCUUUGCCAUCGGUCCGAUUCACUUCCAUCCCGAAUCCACAGAACAGCAGUGUUCUAGCUUUUUUCCCCACGAGGAAACUUUCGUAACGAGAUGAAAUUCGCCACCGUAUUUGUUGUGCUGGCCGCCGUGCUCGGUAGCUGCUAUCUGGCCACCGCUCAGACGCACAACUAUUUCUUUGGAGCCCGCGUACCGUACGACACCCUCGUCAAUCAGACGACCGUGAUCCAGUCGAGUUCGUUCCUGCGGGUGAAGUCACUGAACGUCGAUUAUCCACUGAAAGGACAGCGUGGCCGCAACAUUACCGCCAUCUACGUGUACGAUCGGCUCGGUGGAGGCCGUGGUGGGUACGCUAGCAUCACGAAAGGUGGUAUCGGCCAGAACUCAACCCGCAUUCAUCUGAAGUCCCAGCGCGGCAAUGGCAUGAACUUCCAGGUGGAAAUUUAUGGCCGAUAAACUGAACCGAUGGACCGGAAUUACGUUGGAAAUAUUGUAAAGAAAAAAAAAAACCCCAUUAAAAGGAAAUAGAUAAUAUCUGCUAACAUGCUUCUACAUCCAA